CGCGGUGCGGCCAAGCAGUCGGUCGCGGAGCUGUCGUCCCAGCUCCAGGAGGAGGUCGGGCAGGAUGUGGGAGCGCGUGGGCUCCAGGCGCUGGCGGCUGCCGUGGGCACGCCAGAACCUGCGCAGCCUGCCGGGGCGCCGCUGCUGGAGGAGACCGUCGGCGCGAAGGGGGUUGCCUGCAGAAGGGCGGAGAAGGCCCUGGAGCAUGCGGUCGCCCAGCAUGACGAGGCGAAGCGCUGGCUGGCAGAAUGCAGCCGGAUGACGAAUUAUGCUGCCGUCCUGGCGGUGCGUGCCAAGGCGGAAUGGCAAGCGGAACUCAAGGCCGAGCUCCAGAAGACGCGUGGUGCAGCGCCUGUGUCACCGCCAUCGAGGGAUGCCGCGCAGGUGCCGACGGGGUCUCAGAUCAACCUGUCGCAGCUCUUGGGCGACGAGAGCGGCAUCGACUCGGUGGAGACCGUGGACGGCGACAUGAUGAAGCUCAGUGAGUUGGAAGUCGGCGACGAUGACAGGCAUAAGUGGCUGGCUCUCAAAGGCAGCAUUGCGGAGGAGAUCCAGAAGGCGGUCUUGGCCUCCAUCGGCCCCAGUGCUGACGACAUCCAGCGGCUCGGGACGGAAGCCUGCGACACGCGCCAGCGGCUGUCCGCCAAGCGAACCCGCAAAGAUGAAGAAGGAGGGACUGCCGCCAGCGACGCUGCGCGUCGGGGAUCCCUCAUGCGGCUGCUGCUGCCGCUCCUGGCGGGGUGCCUGCCGAUCCAGGGGCCGCAGCCACAGCAGCGCCGCCUGCUGCUGAAGCUGGGCCCAGUGAGCAGGAGCUUGCUGCAGCGGUGGAUGCAGCCGGAGCCAAGCUGGCCGAAGGGGGGCAGCAGUGCCUUUAGGCCCCUUUGGGAGGGCGGCCGCCAGCUGAUGGGCAGGCCCCCGCCAGGCUCGCGGCCGCAGGACGACCCCGACCGCGGCAGCAGGGAGUUCGUGCAGUCGAUGGGCAGCUGGACCUCGCGCUGGAUCGGGGACCUGGAGCGUGGGGCGUCACGGGGCAUUGAGUCCUGGCAG